CAUUAUAUUUGCAAAUUUUAUCCAUACUCUUUACUAAUGCUUCACAUAAACUAUCUUCUCAUUAAUAAACUUCACUCCAUUUUCAUUCUGCAACAUUUUGUUGGACACAAGUGCUUUUGCAGGCGGCUGAGUUACAAUGGGAAAUGAAUUGCUGUCUGAAAUGGGAACAGAGAUCAUAAUUCCAGUGUGUGCUGUUAUCGGAAUUGCAUUCUCUCUGCUCCAGUGGCUUCUUGUCUCCUUCGUCAAGCUUUCGCCUGAUAAAUCUUCUAAUGGGAAGAAAGAGCCUCUGAUUGAGGCCGAGGAAGGGGGGAAUGAUCAUAGCGUUAUCAUCAGAUGCGCGGAUAUUCAGAAUGCUAUUUCUGAAGGAGCAACUUCCUUCCUUUUCACGGAGUAUCAGUAUGUUGGUGUUUUCAUGGUUGCUUUCGCGAUUUUGAUAUUUCUUUUUCUUGGAUCUGUGGAGGGGUUCAGCACGAAGAGCCGGCCUUGUACAUAUGAUGCCAGCAGAAUGUGCAAGCCUGCUCUUGCAACUGCUGUAUUCAGCACCAUAUCCUUCUUGCUUGGUGUUGUCACAUCUGUGGUUUCUGGCUUUCUUGGAAUGAAAAUCGCGACCUAUGCAAAUGCUAGAACCACCUUAGAGGCAAGGAAGGGUGUUGGGAAGGCCUUCAUUGUCGCGUUUAGAUCUGGAGCAGUCAUGGGUUUCCUCCUUGCUGCAAAUGGACUUCUAGUUUUGUACAUUACCAUCAAUCUGUUUAAGUUAUACUAUGGUGAUGACUGGGAAGGCCUCUUCGAGUCCAUAACUGGUUACGGCCUUGGAGGAUCUUCCAUGGCUCUCUUUGGAAGAGUUGGAGGAGGUAUCUAUACCAAAGCUGCUGAUGUUGGUGCUGAUCUUGUAGGCAAGGUGGAGAGAAAUAUUCCAGAAGACGAUCCUAGAAAUCCUGCGGUGAUUGCUGAUAAUGUUGGGGACAAUGUUGGAGAUAUAGCUGGUAUGGGAUCCGAUCUCUUUGGCUCUUAUGCAGAGUCAUCGUGUGCAGCACUCGUUGUUGCCUCAAUCUCCUCUUUUGGGAUCUCACAUGACUUCACUGCAAUGUGUUAUCCUCUCCUCAUCAGUUCUAUGGGCAUUCUUGUCUGUUUGAUCACAACACUAUUUGCAACUGAUUUUUUUGAAGUUAGAAAUGUCAAAGAAAUUCAACCAACACUAAAGAAUCAACUCAUUAUUUCCACUGUGAUGAUGACUUUUGGUAUAGCAGUUGUUAGUUGGAUUGCCCUUCCUGUCACAUUCACCAUCUUCAUUUUUGGACAGCAGAAAGAGGUUCAGAACUGGCAACUGUUCCUUUGUGUUUGUGUCGGUUUGUUGGCCGGGCUUCUUAUUGGAUUCGUGACUGAGUACUAUACAAGCAACGCUUACAGUCCUGUACAAGACGUAGCUGAUGCCUGCCGCACUGGAGCAGCAACCAAUGUUAUCUUUGGCCUUGCUUUGGGAUAUAAAUCGGCCAUCAUUCCUAUUUUUGCCAUCGCGUUUAGCAUUUUUGUUAGUUUCAGCUUUGCUGCUAUGUACGGUAUUGCAGUAGCUGCCCUUGGGAUGUUGAGCACUAUUGCUACUGGGUUGGCCAUUGAUGCAUAUGGUCCCAUUAGUGAUAACGCUGGAGGCAUAGCUGAGAUGGCCGGAAUGAGUCAUAGAAUACGAGAGAGAACUGAUGCCCUUGAUGCUGCAGGAAACACCACUGCAGCUAUCGGAAAGGGUUUUGCAAUUGGGUCAGCAGCCCUUGUGUCCUUAGCUCUGUUCGGUGCAUUUGUCAGCAGAGCAGAGAUUGAGGUUGUCGAUGUCUUGACACCCAAAGUUUUCAUUGGUCUGCUGGUAGGUGCAAUGCUUCCUUACUGGUUCUCGGCCAUGACAAUGAAGAGUGUGGGAAGUGCAGCUCUUAAGAUGGUUGAAGAAGUGCGCAGGCAAUUCAACACGAUACCUGGUCUAAUGGAAGGCACUACAAAGCCUGAUUAUGCUACAUGUGUCAAGAUCUCCACGGAUGCCUCCAUCAGAGAGAUGAUCCCCCCUGGAGCUCUUGUUAUGCUUACGCCCCUCGUUGUUGGAAUCUUCUUUGGCGUGGAAACUCUUUCUGGUGUCCUUGCUGGAGCACUUGUUUCUGGGGUACAGAUUGCCAUUUCAGCCUCCAACACUGGUGGCGCGUGGGAUAAUGCUAAGAAGUACAUCGAGGCUGGUGUUUCCGAGCAUGCCAGGACCCUGGGUCCUAAAGGUUCCGAUGCCCACAAGGCCGCUGUGAUUGGUGACACUGUUGGGGAUCCUCUCAAGGACACAUCUGGACCAUCACUUAACAUCCUCAUCAAGCUGAUGGCAGUUGAAUCACUGGUGUUCGCUCCAUUUUUCGCUACACAUGGCGGAUUAUUAUUCAAGAUGUUCUAGAAUAACAGGAAGCGCAGGCUAUGGCUGAAUUGUUUUCAUCUUUCCCCUUCGCUCCAUUCUCAUGGCUAACAGUGGCGCAAUUAUAUGUAAUUUCUUGUACAUUUUAAUUUAUGCCGAUCAUGAGGAUUUUCUCCCAGACUUGGCAUUGGCAAAGAUAAUGAUUAAAACGUUCAAUCUUGCGACAACUUCUGCCAAGUAUGGAAGACAUAACAUGGUAAACUCUGGCAAGUUCACGGGAUGCAAGAUCUGGAUA